AUGGACCAGGGCACCCUGCAGCUGCAGGGGCACACCCUGCAUACUCUGAACCCAACAAUUAGAGCUUCAGAACAAAGACAAUUACCACUCUCAUCUUUUUUGGCUGCUGUGGAAGAUACUAGACAAAACAAAAUGGGUGGGAAAUGGAAAAGUUGGCUACACAGGAAAUAG